AAAAGACGAUUGUUGCCAGAUUUGAAAUGUGGAUGUGUUUCUGUUUAACUCUUUUUGUCCUAAACAUAUUUCUCCGAACGGUUCACAGCCUUCCCUACAGUCAAAUAGAAGGUGUUACCGUCCUGCAUCCUGGAAAUUUCGACAACAAAACAUAUGAAGGAAAUUGGCUUGUGGUUUUUUAUCGCAAGUCUUGUGGACACUGUAUAAGCUACUCCGAACCUUUUUCACAGUUUUGCCGGUCUGUAAAGAAUUGGAAUUGGGUACUUCAUCUUGGAUCUGUAGAUUGUGAAGAUGAAACUAAUAUGGAUUUGUGCUAUCGUUUCAAAGUACAAGGAGUUCCCACUCUUAGAUUUCUAUUCACGAAAAAUAGUAAACAAAUGUCUGGAGAAAUUUCAGCUGAGCGAAACGUGACAUUACUGAGAAAAAGCAUUGUCUCUAAGUUAGUAAAUGUUUCUUCUCUUCAACUCCCAAGGGACUUAGCAGUUAAUGAUCCGAUAGUUGUUACAGGUAGCGAUAUGGAAGUAAACUCUCUGCUGAUACUGGAUUAUAGUGCCCCUCUGAAACGAGAGAUCCAAAGCGCUAUAGUACCAGGAUUAACGGAAGUCGAUGUCAGGAAUCGUCGUUCCGGUGAAGUAAUUGUCAAGGGUCCUGAGGAACAGGUUAGGAUGGUACUUCAACGAAUGUCAGGUAGUGAACCAAGGCUGGAAGAAAACAGUCGGGCGGAAGUGGAUGUUAAAACAACACCAAUCCAAAUUAAAUAUCCACCGGUUUACGCAGUUGAUGUCUAUCGGUCACUAAGUAUGCUACUACAGUCUGACGUUGGUGUACGUGAUAAAAUUGAGGGACCUGCCUUAGAAGCUCUUAAAGAAUUUUUGGACAUAUUAUAUGGGAUUCUUCCGGCUUCUCAGGAAUAUAAAGCUUACUUGUCCGAAAUUUCUGUUUGGUUAAAUUCUAAAACAAGUAUUACGGGUCAAGAAUGGGUUGCGUAUCUUGAAAAAAUCCAAUUCCCUUUAUAUAAAGGACCAUUUAUAGCGUGUAAUGGAAGUAAACCACAUUUUAGAGGAUAUCCAUGCGGUUUAUGGACUUUAUUUCAUGCAUUAACCGUAGAGCAAUACCUGUUAUUGUCCUCCAGUCCAGAUAAUCAAGUUGAUGCAGUCGCUCAUGCUUUAGGUCGUUUCAUCCCUCGAUUCUUUUCAUGUACAUACUGUGCAUUUCAUUUUGCACUGAAUACAGCAAACUUAGCAAGACCAGGGGAAUCUAUCUUACCGGAAAAUCGUGUCACUCCUAAUUCAAAUGAAUUUGUAUUUGAUGAAUCAGUUAUUCCUACUUUGCCUAAAGCUCCAGAGAAUCCUAGAGAUACUGUUUUAUGGUUGAAUGCAGUACAUAAUCGUGUAAAUAAACGUUUAGCUGGUCAACCAUCGGAAGAUCCAACUGCACCUAAAGUUCAAUUCCCACCGUCUUAUCUAUGUCCUACCUGUUGGUCUUAUAGUUCAACAGGUGAAUUGGAAUUAGGUAAAACUUCAGAGACCGAAGAAUCAUUAUUUCAAUUUCUUGUUGAACGAUAUCGUGCAUCAUCUUGGAAGUAUGUGGAUUUACCUACAGUAUUCAUAACCAAUGCUGUUAUUACACCUUCUUUUGGGAUAAAAUAAUCAUCGUCCAAUGUAGAUUAUUGUGUUAAAGCAGCACUUAUUUAUUUCACUUGCAUGAUUUCUAUUCUUGACAUGUAAUGAACAUUUGUAAUAUUUUUUUGAUAAGAUAAUAAAUGAAAUUGCACAUGUAGUUGUUUUUUAUGACUUCAUGGUUAUAUAGUAGCACUUUAUAACAAAUUUUAUUUUCCAGUUUGUAAUUAGAGUUUAUUUCAGUAGUUUGUGUUAUCAGUCAGUUUACCCUUAGUUUUUUACUGAUUAAUGUGGAGAAGGUUUAUAAUUAUUUCUGUUAUGUUGUGUUUCCACAUCUUCAUUGUCCUAAUAACACAAUGAACACGUUUGUUCAUUUAUUUUUGCACAUUACUUCAUAGAAUAUUUUAACUUAUUUUUUUCAAAAUUUAGAUGUUAGUAACUUUAGUUUGUAAUUGUUUGUUGAGAAGUUCAUUGUACGGACCAUUUUUAAUCACGAAUUUAAUUAAACGGAAUUAUUCUUGCAUAAUUAUUGGUAAACAAAAUUUUCAUAGGUCAAGUUAUUAGAUAGGUGAAUAUGAUUACUUUGAAGCUUUUGUCAUAAUGAUGAGUAAUUAUGAUUUAUCACGUUUAUGUUAUAAUCAUCUUCUGUUAUGAUACUAUGGAUACUAGUUUAUUAUGAGUUAAUUUUCAAACUCACUUGCUGUUUGAAAGUUUGGAUUAUCAGUGACUGCUUCAUUUUAUCCAAUAAGGAUUGAUCGGCAUGUAGUCGCGUUUUAUGACAUGAAUGCAAGAGUACCUAGAUCCACUAAUUUAAACUAUCAUUUAAAAGCAAUAUGCAACAUAUUAAUCCCUUUAAUAUUAGAAAUAUCCCAUAAUGAUUAGUUUAUCCAAUGUCAAAGAUUUUAUUGUUCAAACAUUUUCAGGUCAUGUCAUGUAUAGGGAUAAAAAACUAACAGUAUAUUUGUAAUACUUCACUUAGUUUUUUACCACCUUAAUAUUCUCUAACUUUGGUUAUUAAUGGGUUUUUGUAGUUAAUUCACCGGUUUCUAGGAAAAUAAUCAUGUUAGAUUUUGACAACCAUGUUUAUACGAUACUAUCAAAUAUUAUUCAGUCUAUAUGUUAAUUAUAUUUAAAAUAUCAUAUUUAUUUGAAAAAAAAAAGAUUUACAUUAAUAUAUUUGUUACUAUGAUUUUCCGAAAUGACACUUGUUUGUUCACAUUCAUCUCAGAUUUGAUGAACAUUGAAAGUCAUCUGACUAUUUCCAAUAGUUAUAUUCAUGUUUGUAACCUGGUCAAUACUGGUUAGCAUCAUUUUUUUAUAUUACUUAAUGAUGAAAUUUUAUUCAUUAAUUCUACAGUGUGG